UAAGAGCUGAUGCACAGAUCUGUUAUACUGUUACACGUGCAUUUUCUUUCUCAACUGUUUAUGUUCACUUCAAACAUGUUUACGUGAAUACUCCCCAAGACCGGCAUUUUGACAUUAUUUUGUGUGUAUUUGAAUGAGCAAUAAGCAGCGAAAAAGAACUUAGUAUUUUUAGUAUUUUUAUAUAUUAAUCUAAAUAAAGCUUUGUGCAGUAAAGAGAGAAAAGUGAAGCAGUUGUUUAGUGGUUCUAGAUUUUUGCACAUAAGAUAAAAUAUUUAAGUUUCUCACUGUUUCAGAGAUUAAUACAUUUUUCCAUUUUGACAUUUUUGCUGCUUGUAUAUUAAUUCAUUCCUGAAUUAAUGAAACCCCAAAUAAAAAAUGAAGAGGGAGGAAAAACCUUGACUUUGAAUGCUGAAAGAAAAUAUUAAACGCAUGAAAGUAGAAUAAAGAAACGCGAAUCAUGUAAUAAAGACACUGUGAAUGUAAUUAGACUGAUUUCUUCUGUGGUUUCACGAACUCUCCGCCCCUGUGGAGGCUGUUCUCUCUCUCUCACACACACACACACACACACACACACAGCUCAUCUAGUGUACAGACAGGCAGACACACACACACACACACACACACACACAUACAUACAGACAGGUGUCUUCUGAGCGAAUCAUGUCCUCAUCAAGAAACUCCUCAAACUUCACCCAUACUAACAGGUUCGCGCAGCCUCCGUGGCGCGUCGCGCUCUGGGCGCUCGCGUACGCGCUGGUUAUGCUGGUGGCCGUGACGGGAAACCUGGUCGUCAUCUGGAUCAUCGUUGCGCACAAGAGGAUGAGAACCGUCACCAACUACUUUCUGCUCAACCUCGCGGUGUCUGACGUGUGCGUGGCCGCGCUCAACACGCUGGUGAACCUUGUGUACGGCGCGCACGGGGACUGGUACUUCAGCAGCGCGUACUGCCGCUUCCACAACUUCUACCCGGUGGCCGCGGUGUUCGCCAGCAUCUACUCCAUGAGCGCCAUCGCCUUAGACAGGUACAUGGCGAUCAUCCACCCGAUGAAGCCCCGCCUCUCAGCGACGGUCACCAAAGCCGUGAUCGCAUGCGUGUGGAUUCUGGCCGCAUUUCUGGCCUUUCCACUCUGCUUUUACUCCGUAACGGAAGUGAGGCCGCACAGGACGGUCUGCUAUGUGGCCUGGCCGCGGCACAACGACGACGCCUUCAUAUAUCACGUGAUCGUGGCGGUGCUGGUGUAUCUCCUGCCUCUGGCGCUGAUGGCCGUCACCUACACCAGGGUGGGACUCGUGCUGUGGGGCGGCGGAUUCCCCGGACACUCCUCGGAAAACUUACAGGAUCAUCUGCAGGCCAAGAGAAAGGUUGUGAAGAUGAUGGUGAUCGUGGUGGUAACAUUUGCCAUCUGUUGGCUCCCAUAUCAUGUGUAUUUCAUCGCGACAAGCUUCAAUUGGAAGCUGACAAAAUUCCAGUCGAUCCAGCAGGUUUAUCUGUCGAUCAUGUGGCUCUCCAUGAGCUCCUCCAUGUACAACCCCAUCAUCUACUGCUGCCUCAACAGCAGAAGGUGUCGUAAUAACUCCUCCGUAUUGAAGGGUAGGAGGUCACCAGGAAGCUGGGAGUUGCUACUAAUGUGUCUCUCGAACCGAAGCUCUCUGACUCUGCCAUUCAGACGGGGGGUGCCCCGAAUUUAUUCAGGUUCCGCGCCGGCUUCAAGCGGGUGUUUCGAUGGUGUCCCUUCAUUCAUGUGUCGGACUCUGAUGAGAUGGAACUCCAGACCACCCGAUUCCAGCCAAACCGCCAGAGCAGCCUGUACACGGUUUCACGUGUGGAGUCUGACGGCAACGCCAACCCUGCCAGACGCAAGAGCUCCAGCACCAGCCAUCGCAGCACCAGCCAAUCGCGACCCUCCAUCCGGCCGUCACUCAAUGGUGGUCUCCAUGGAAACCCUACGAAUGCCGCCGGGAAUGAACUCAACUCAUAGUAGCUCGCAAACACUAAGCUGCAGAAACGACAGGAAAUUCACCUUCAGGAGCUGCUGAAUGCCAGCCUCAGUCCACCAGCUUCCCUUUGACCAGCUAUUUGUUCUCUUUCAGUUCCAACACAUUUAAAAUAACUCACCACACAUAUGAAAACGAACACUUCUGAGGACACACACCGGUCUGUUGACGAAGAUUUGUUAUCAGGUUACACCGUGUCCUAACCAGACACAACAGGAUAAGGUUCCAGUGAAGUUUGUCUGUCCACACCAGAUGCGACUACGAGACGCCACAAAAUCAAUCGUAAAUCACAGCCAAUCAGAAGAGCCUGUGGGCGGAGUCUCUCUGCAGGUGCACUGCACUCGCAACCAAAUUAAUCUGAAAUCACAGCCAAUCAGAAGAGCCUGUGGGCGGAGUCUCUCUGCAGGUGCACUGCACUCGCAACCAAAUCAAUCCGAAAUCACAGCCAAUCAGAAGAGCCUGUGGGCGGAGUCUCUCUGCAGGUGCACUGCACUCGCGACCAAAUCUAUCCAAAAUCACAGCCAAUAAGAAGAUUGUGUGGGCGGAGUCUCUCAGCAAGCAUACUGCACUUGCGACCAAAUCUAUCCAAAAUCACAGCCAAUCAGAAGAUUGUAUGGGCGGAGUCUCUCAACCACAUCAAUCAAAAAUCACAGCAAAUCAGAAGAGUGUGUGGGCGGAGCCUCUCUGCAAGCAUACUGCACUCGCAAGCAAAUCAAUCCAAAAUCACAGCCAAUCAGAAGAGCGUGUGGGCGGAGCCUCUCUGCAGGCAUACUGCACUCGCAACCAAAUGGAUAAGCACAAAAUUCAUUAAUAUCACACCAUUUUAACAUUAUUAAAUAUAUGUGCUGAGUGACUGAAACAAUCUUUGUCAUAGAAUACACUUACUUAUUCACAGUUUAAACAUUAUUGUUUCCUUUCAUUUAUCUUCAAGAUAUGAGGUGAUUAUUUAUUGUCUCUUUCAGAAUGGCUAUAAAUGAUAUUCAAACUCACAUUACACACUUUUAACAUUAACUAAAGCACAUAAUCAGUACCUGAGAUUAUCAUUGUCAUAGUUUGUAUUAACAUGGAAAAAGCGGCUUUUAUUGCGCAGCUCGUCUGGUUAGGACACGAGGUCAGGGCUGAGCUGUAACGGAAUACAUGAUGUAACGCUGUUCCAGAUUCAGAAUCCAGUAAUGAAGUAACUGUAAUUGUUAUGUUUUCAGGCACAGUAUUCAGAUGAUAGCUACAUUAUCACAUUUUGAGUUCUUCACUCAUAUUGAGCACAGCAUGCGUGUUCUCUCGCUCUGUCCACAUGCGACCAGUCGAGUUUAUCGCACACACUGCAUUUCACACAUCCGUCACACACAUCAAUCAUACACACAUAUUGCGUGUUGUUUUGUAGAUUUGUGUAAGUCUGUCUCAUCAGCCAUGUAUCUAUAACCAGCAGUAUUAUAAUAAUAAUAAAGUCU